AACAACAGGGUUCCGUUGGGCUCAGUCCUCUCCUAAGCUACGUGUCUUUGCCUCCUCAAGUCGCCGUCCCACAAUCAGUCAUGGAUCAGGUAAUACAGUUUGUUGAGCCAAGUCAGCAGUUUGUAAAGGACUCAAUUCGGCUGGUUAAAAGAUGCACCAAACCCGACAGAAAAGAAUUCCAGAAGAUUGCCAUGGCCACAGCCAUAGGAUUUGCUAUCAUGGGAUUCAUUGGCUUCUUUGUGAAACUGAUCCAUAUCCCUAUUAAUAACAUUAUUGUGGGUGGCUGAAUGCUUUCUCUUCGCGGGAACUAGGAGCAAACGAGGUUGUGAGAAGCUUAUGAAGUAAAAAGUUGCCUGUA